GUGGUGUGACAUGUAGGAGGGGCGAGCGUGGAUCUGGACUCGUCAAAAAGCUUUCCCUCUGACCAGCUGGGCUCCACUCAGACCAGACAGCCCUGCACAGCAGAGCACAGCAAGCCCCACUCUGAAACAGACAUGGGACUCACUCAGGACCCCAACUUUCAGAAGCUGCAGGACUGGUACACAGCCCACGCUCUGAGCCUCAACAUGAGGCACAUGUUUGAGGCCGACAAAGACAGAUUCAACAAGUUCAGCCUCACACUCAACACCGAGGAUGGAGACAUUCUCCUGGAUUUCUCCAAGAAUCUCAUCACGGAUGAGGUCAUGAAGAUGUUGGUUGACCUGGCCAAAUCAAGAGGGAUUGAAGCUGCUAGAGAAAGGAUGUUCACUGGAGAGAAGAUCAACUUCACAGAGGGGCGCGCUGUGCUCCAUGUUGCUCUGAGGAACCGUUCCAACACUCCCAUCAUGGUCGAUGGCAAAGAUGUCAUGCCAGAUGUGAACAAUGUUCUGGAGAAGAUGAAGGGCUUCUGUCACCGGGUUCGCAGUGGCGAGUGGAAGGGCUACACAGGGAAGGCCAUCACAGAUGUCGUCAAUGUUGGGAUUGGAGGAUCGGACCUCGGUCCUCUGAUGGUGACAGAAGCCCUGAAGCCGUACUCGAAGGAUGGACCUCGUGUCUGGUUUGUGUCCAACAUCGAUGGGACCCAUAUCGCCAAAACGCUGGCUCAACUCGAUGCUGAGACGACACUCUUCAUUGUUGCGUCCAAGACGUUCACCACCCAAGAAACCAUCACCAAUGCCGAGUCAGCCAAAGCCUGGUUCCUUGAACGUGCCAAAGAUAAAGCUGCUGUCGCCAAGCACUUUGUUGCUCUGUCCACAAACGCCCCCAAAGUCAAGGACUUCGGCAUCGAUACGGAGAACAUGUUUGAGUUUUGGGAUUGGGUGGGUGGUCGCUUCUCCUUAUGGUCUGCAAUAGGAAUGGCUAUAGCCUUGCACAUCGGCUUCGACAACUUUGAGAAGCUUCUUUCUGGAGCUCACUGGAUGGACAAACACUUCAGAACCGCUCCCUUGGAUAAGAACGCUCCUGUUUUACUGGCCCUGCUGGGCAUCUGGUACAUCGACUUCUUCCAUGCUGAGACUCACGCCAUGCUGCCCUACGACCAGUACAUGCACCGCUUCACUGCCUACUUCCAACAGGGGGACAUGGAAUCCAAUGGAAAGUACAUCACCAACCAUGGAACACGAGUAAACUACCACACUGGGCCGAUUGUGUGGGGAGAACCGGGGACUAAUGGACAGCACGCCUUCUACCAGCUCAUCCACCAAGGAACACGAAUGGUACCAGCUGACUUCCUGAUACCAGCUCAGACCCAGCACCCCAUCAGGGACAAUCUGCACCACAAGAUCCUGUUGGCCAACUUUUUGGCUCAGACAGAAGCACUGAUGAGGGGUAAGACCACCGAGGAGGCCAGGAAGGAGCUGGAGGCCAGUGGUCUGAGCGGGGAGGCUCUGGAGAAACUCUUACCGCACAAGGUGUUCCAGGGAAACCGACCAACCAACUCCAUCAUCUUCAAGAAAUUAACACCGUUCACUCUGGGAGCGCUCAUAGCCAUGUACGAGCAGAAGAUCUUUGUCCAGGGCGUGAUGUGGGAGAUCAACAGCUUCGACCAGUGGGGGGUGGAACUGGGUAAACAGCUUGCAAAGAAGAUCGAGCCGGAGUUCACGGACGUGGCAGAGGUCCACUCCCACGACUCGUCCACCAACGGGCUCAUCAACUUCCUGAAGAAAAAUGUUGCCUGGCUUUGAAUGUCCCAAUUAUUUCAUCUUUAUCCUUCUGGUCAGCUCAGGAUCUGGUGGCAGGCAGCUGGUCACUCCCCCGCAGCCCGGCUGAAGCUGGUGGGACGUCUCAUUAGGAAACCUGGGCUCCUGUUACUCUGCUUUUCUUGUUGGGAAAUCAUUCUGUAUUAGAUAAUUGAGCCCGGCAGUGUGAAGUGCUCUCCUCACUCUGUCACACGUCACUUUGUUUGUGAAAUAAAACAUUCUGUGUCUGCGUU